UCGUCGUCUCCGGCGCCGGUGCUGCUGCUCCGUCGCUCCCUGCACGCUUAUCGUUCUUCUUGUUUGUUGUUGUACUCCCCGUUUGUUCGCGACAGGGCGGCGGCGGCUCGCCGGAGCGGCAGCAGCAGCAUCAGAGGGAUGGCGUCGCAGCAGUUCCCGCCGCAGCAGCAGGAGUCGCAGCCGGGGAAGGAGCACGCCAUGGAUCCCCGCCCCGAGGCCAUCAUCCAGAACUACAAGCCAGCCAAGAAGCUGCAGGACAAGGUGGCGAUCGUGACCGGCGGCGACUCCGGGAUCGGGCGCGCGGUGUGCCUGUGCUUCGCGCUGGAGGGCGCGACGGUGGCCUUCACGUACGUGAAGGGGCAGGAGGAGAAGGACGCCGAGGAGACGCUGCGCGCGCUGCGCGACAUCAGGGUGCGCACCGGCGGCGCCAGGGAGCCCAUGGCCAUCCCAGCGGACCUCGGCUACGAGGAGAACUGCCGCAAGGUGGUGGAGGAGGUCGCCGGCGCGUACGGCGGCCGCGUCGACAUCCUCGUCAACAACGCCGCCGAGCAGUACGAGCGGCCGUGCAUCACCGACAUCACCGAGGACGAUCUGGAGCGCGUCUUCCGCACCAACAUCUUCUCCUACUUCUUCAUGUCCAAGCACGCCGUCAAGCGGAUGCCCGCCGGCGGCGGAGGCAGCAUCAUCAACACGUCGUCCAUCAACGCGUACAAGGGGAACAAGACGCUGCUGGACUACACGGCGACCAAGGGCGCCAUCGUCGCGUUCACGAGGGCGCUGGCGCUGCAGCUGGUGGACAAGGGCAUCCGCGUCAACGGCGUCGCGCCGGGGCCCAUCUGGACGCCGCUCAUCCCGGCGUCCUUCCCGCCGGAGAAGGUGAAGCAGUUCGGCUCCCAGGUGCCCAUGCAGCGCGCCGGCCAGCCGUCGGAGGUGGCGCCCAGCUACGUCUUCCUCGCCAGCGAGCAGGACUCCUCCUACAUGUCCGGCCAGAUGCUCCACGUCAACGGCGGCGCCGUCGUCAAUGGCUAGUGUGGAAACCCUUCCCCUCACGCCGCCGUCGAGAGCCGGCCGCCGGCGACGU